CGCUAUCUGACUAUACUGGGCGGAGAGAAAGAAACCCAACUGAACUAAGCCUCCAGCCGACACUCAACAGAGCAGCAGCCGAGGCUCACAACCGAGGACGCACAUCGGGACACCCUACAGACGAGCUAAACAGAAGAAAACAGAAGCAUCUCAAGCCAAUCCGUUACAUUCUCGUCAGGAUUUACAGAGGUUUUGAUGUCGGCUGAUCUAGUGUGAAGCGUUUACUGGUUCAGCUUCUGUGUCUGAGGAGAGGAGGUACAUUUCAGCUAUACUCGGGUCUCGUAAACGGAAUGAAUGACCAAGACAAAGGUUGACACCGGUUCCCCGACGCAUUUUGUCUCGUCGAAGGAGAAGAGGCAAAAGCAGAAAAUGGAGAGCAGCAUUGGAGAACAAGAGCAGCCGCAGCCGUCACAACAGCAGCCCGCGCAGCCGCUACAAGUUACCGAGAGAAAGAAAAUACACCGGGCACCGUCUCCAGCGAGACCCAAGGAUGUGCCCGGGUGGUCCCUCACGAAAAUCCGCGGCGGUAUCGGCACGCCGACGCUGAGCGUGAAACCGGGGGCCAUAUAUUUAGGUGGCCGCGUGUCCAGACGGAGCCCGGUUACCGGGAAGGAGACAAAAACAGAGAAGAGUAAACCGACCGGCAAACCCGCGCUGUCCGCGCCCGGUGCUCAGAAGAGCUGCGUGAAGUCCAAUAAAAGCGGUCGGAGAAAAGUCUCGGACGCCAGCAUCGGAUCGGAUGAUUUGAGCAAGGACUCCGGCUGCGCUGCGGGGAAACUCUCCCCCACCGACAGCAGCUCCGAGCUCUCCGACUGCGCCUCCGAGGAGAAUAAAGUCUCCACAGAUGCGCUGAGCAGCGACACCGAGACCAGCAGCCGCGGGGGGAUCGACGGAGAGAAAGCGCCAGCGAGUGGUCAAACCAAGAGCAGCGUGGAGAAAGAGCGACUCUCGCUGGGGAUGGAGACCGCAGAGGGGAGCGUCUCUCUCGGCGACGAGCGCUCGCUCACCUCGGUCGACAGCAGGAUGCCCGCCAGCACGUCCUUGGCGUUCUCGGACCUGACUGAGGAAUUAAUGGACGGCAUGCAUGAGGAACUAGUCAGGGAAAUAGAGGAACUCAGGUCGGAGAAUGAUUAUUUAAAGGAUGAGAUGGAGGAGCUUCGCUCUGAGAUGCUGGAGAUGAGGGACAUGUACAUGGAGGAAGAUGUGUAUCAGCUCCAGGAGCUCAGACAGCAGCUGGAUCAGGCCAACAAAACCUGCCGCAUCCUGCAGUACCGCCUCAAGAAGGCAGAGAGACGCAGCAUCCGCGUGGCCCAGACCGGACAAGUGGACGGGGAGCUUAUCCAAACACUGGAGCAAGACGUCAAGGUGGCCAAAGACGUGUCCAUCCGUCUGCACAAUGAGCUGGACGCUGUGGAGAAGAAGAGAUCUCGUCUGGAGCAGGAGAACGAGGAGCUGAGGGUGAAACUGCAGGAUCUGGAGGUGGCCAAGCAGGUCCUGCAAGCGGAGAUGGAGAAGGCCAGAGAGAACUUGAAGAAGAGAGGUGCCAGACCAAACAACAAACCUGAUAAAAAAGCAUCGCCUCAGCCUCCAGAAGACAGUUCAGACCUAAAGUGCCAGCUUCACUUUGCCAAGGAGGAGUCAGCUCUCAUGUGCAAGAAACUCACCAAGAUGGUCAAAGACAACGAGGCGAUGAGGGAGGAACUGGCAAAGUAUCGCUCUGUGUACGGAGAUGUUGAUGCCUCACUUACUGUCGAAGAGGUCGCCGAAUCUCCUCACACCCGAGAGGCUGAGGUCAAAGUCCACCUGAAACUGGUGGAAGAGGAGGCAAACCUUCUAAGCCGACGGAUCGUGGAGUUGGAGGUGGAAAACCGCGGCCUUCGUGCUGAAAUGGAUGAUAUGAAGAUCCAAGAUUCCCCGGGUGGAGCUGGCGUCAUGGGUGGAGUCGGAAGUCAGCUGCUUUCCACGUCUGAGAAUGUGAUGGAGCUGCAGCGCCACCUACAGUUUGUGGAAGAAGAGGCAGAUCUGCUGCGGCGCUCCUUGAUAGAAAUGGAAGAGCAGAACAAGCUGUUGAUGAAUGAGCUCAACCACUACAAGUCUGAACUUUCUGCUGUCACUGAAAUAGAGCCGUUGUCAUCCACAACCCUCACUUCACCUACGAUCAUCCCUGAUGCUUCGGAAGAUGGAGGAUCUGGUCUAAACGAAGCCAGCCAUAAAGAACUACUUGUUGCCAGGCUACAGAUCGUAGAGCUGAACGGCAAAGUAAAGAAGCUCCAGUAUGAAAACCGUGUGCUUCUGUCCAACCUUCAACGCUGUGACUUGGCCUCCAACCAGGGAUCCACACGUCCAACGCUGGAGACUGAUGCUGAAGCAGGGGACUCGGCUGAGUGUGUCCCCAGCCAGGCGCACCGCGAAGGCCCAGUUGGUGAUGAGCAGAAUGAUAUUCUGGAGGAGAAGAAUCUGAAAGUUUCAGGAACAAGUCACAUUCAUACUGCUCAGUGCCUCAGCAUAAAAGACCUUCUCGCCAUCCGCGACCAGGCACUACUUGUUACCUCAGCCAUUCAGCUUCUGACAUCACCCGACCCCUCCUGUAUCUCACCAGAUGCCCUCUAUCAUAAGAUUACGACAAACGAGUCUGCAGAACCAGUUCUAGAGAAGAGCCAGACCCAGAGCUCCAUGCUGCCCCUGGUGGAGGCCCUGCAUGGCAGACUGCAGUCGCUCCAGGCUCAGCUACAGGCCCUCAGUGAGAGGGUGGAUGCCCUGGGGCAGACCCCGGAGAGGGAGCGUGUGGAAGGGAUGUCCCUGAUGCCCCAGCUGUCUGAGGCAGAAGACCCUGCAGCAAAUUGCCCAUGCCCUCCAGAUGCUCAGUUCAACCAGAACACAACCCAACAAAAGCCUGACUCUAGAGACCAGCCAGACUGUGAAGUCAAAGUUCACCCGUGCAAGGCAGAGGAGGAGAGCAACAGCCACAAAGACAGCAACAAAGAUGAGAAAUCUGACUUAAAGGAAACAAACUCUGAUCUGCUGACAGAGCAGGUUUGCGAGCUGCACGCUCUGUUGUCUGAGGCGAGAGAGAAGGCUCAGGGAGCACAGGAAGCACUGUCACAGGAGAGACUGGCACGCCACGAUGACACACAUAAACUCUCUCAGCUUCAGGAAGAGCAUCAGAAGGCUCUCCUCCGCUGUGACUUCCAGCUGCAGAGUCUGAGUCUACAGACGCGUCUGCAGCAGAAGCUGUGGAGUCAGGAGAGAAACCUCCUGGUGCAGGAGUCACAGCAGCUCAAAGAGAGCCUGCUCCUCAUCAGCCUCAAGCUGCGCUGGCUCCUCAAACAGUGGAGACUCGGCAAGAAACUAGACACCGAAAGCAAGGAUAUCCUAGAGGUUAAUAGUGUAAAAGAUCUUCGUAUCCUGCUCGAGGAAGAUGGCCUGUCUUCCCACUAUGGAGACAACAAGAUGUCAGCUGCUGAGGAGCAGCCACUCAAUCCUACACCCAAAGAGCACAGCCUGGCAGAGAAAAGCUGUCCACAGCCUGGUGGAUUCAGCAGUACUCUGUCGGACCUGAAGGUAGCGCUACAAGACCUGAGCGCUGAGCUGCGCGAGGAGCGUCAGAGUUCACAGGAGUUAACGCAGCAGUUUGCGCGUGCUAAAGCAUCAUGGGAAGUCGAACGGAUGGAACUCAAGAGUAUUAUCACUCAGCUGGAGGGUAAGAUGGGGAAGGCAUCGGUGGCUGUGGGCGAAAAGGAGUCUCCAGACCUCAAGGGGGCACUGAAAAAGGAGCGAGAGGAGCAUCAACACCUGUUGGCGGACUCUUAUGCUGCUGUGAUGGACCUCACCAAACAACUACAGAUCAGUGAGAAGAACUGGAGCCGAGAGCGGCUGGAGCUUCUGGAGCACUUCAACCAGGAAAGAAGUCAAUGGGAACAGCGUUUACGAGAAGCCCAGAGCAAAGGCACACAGGCUCUGCAUGAUAAAACAUCUGAAAAGGAAAUCUCAGCAGAUGCAGCCACCAGUGGUUCAGGACUGCAAAGGACCAAAUCAUUUUCUGCCCUCUCUGAAUUUAAGUGUCUUCUGGACACUAGUCUGUUCCUUCCUGGUCACAAGGUCAGCGGAGUGCCAGAGUGCAAUGUUCCACAGCAUCAAACUACUGCUCCUGCCUCCAUUUUGGCUCGUACUGACUUAAGUGAUCUCAAUAGGAAGAAUUGGAAGUACCUGACCAAUGAUUCUGCAAUGCUGGAGAAAGGUGACCAGUUUAAGACAUGGGACUGCCCAAGCACCAACUCUAACAGCAGCUUCCCUGGACUGGAGUUGAGCAAGGAGUACAUCCAGAGAAGUUACACUGCUCCAGAUAAGACGGGUAUUCGCAUUUAUUACAGCCCUCCAACAGUGAGGAGAAUGGAGAGGAGGCCAGUCAAAGAAAAGGCCAAGCAGGAUCCUCAGCAAGGACCAUCAUCUAGAGACACAGCCAUGAUAGAUCCAUCAGGUCAGACUGCUGCAUCUGCACCUUUGUCGACCACUUCCUCAUCCACUUAUGAGCAGUGGUUUAGCUCACUUUCACAGCAGCAUAGAGACCUACUUGAAGGACGGACGGGAGGUUCUACACCAUUCCACGGACUGGAAAUUUCAGGCAACCUUAGUGAUGACAUGAAGGAGAUGACCAACUGUGUGCGACAGGCCAUUCGUUCCAGUUCUCUGGAGAGGAAGUGCAGCAAAGAUACAGGGAGCCAGACAGUUGGUGUUUCAAGCACAGGAACGCAAACAGCACAGUUUGUCAGCAUUGGCCUACAAACCGAUGGACCCUUUCCAACAGCUAGAGGCCUUCAAGGGAAAGCAUGGUCUCCUCGUCCAUCCACCUCACUUUCAUCUGCACGCUCCCGACAGAUCUCUACAUCUCUAGAGAAAGUCCACAGUCGCAUAGAUAGACCAUGUUGCUCACCGAAAUAUGGCUCACCUAAGCUUACCCGCAGGGUCUCCACCUCCUCCUCCAAACUGGAGACGUCCUCAACAUCUUCAAGGGAUCGCAGUGUAUGGAAUCUUCAUAAUCGUAGUGGAUCUCAGAGCGGUUCGGCCUGGGCACGUUCCACCACCACCCGAGACAGCCCAGUGCUUAGUGGCCUCAAUGAUGGCUUGACCAGUCUCUUCAGUGUGGUGGAACACUCCGGAAGUGUUGAAUCAUUAUGGAAAGCAGAUCCAUGCUCUGGAAGACAAGCUGCUGGGAAACCUUCCUAUCCUAGCAUAGGUAUCGGACUGGGAGAAGCGGGAGCUCAGAAGUAUGGCAUGGUCCAGGAGUUUCUCCACAAUGUUUGCGGCAGGACUGUGCCAGCAGACUCCAUGGAUGAACCAAAGCCUGAAUGCCUACCUGGAGCCUUGAUUGGCACAGACAACAUCACGAAGAUCGUCAAUAAAAGGUUUAUGAAAACACAAAGAGAAGAGUUUGUAGCCACUGGAAAGGAUGCAAUGAGCUCAAGCUCUAGUACCCUGGAGGAUUCAGUUUGUGACUGCAGCUCACAAACUGCCACUUCCUGUUUUGCCCGCCACUCGCGCUCCAUCACACGACAUACCCAUGGCCAGUGCAAACAUCGAGUGCAAGAUUCACCCAUGGGAACUGAAGAACGAUUCGAUACCAGUAAUGAAUGAUAAUGAGGGUGGCCUCUUGUGACACCCAAAAAGUACACAAAGAAGACAACUGUCAACACCCACCCCACACACACACUGCCACACAAUUCCACUGCCCCAUACACCAAUACACCAAUACACACAGACACACCCUUAAACAAACAAAUACAUACUUCAUACCUUCAAUAAAAGUCUUCAGGGUUACAUCAAUGGGACCUUAAAGAAUUCCUGCAUCUGGAGUUUCAAAACCAGAUCUCAGUUUAACCAGCACACUUUAAUGCCAAGGAAGGGGAAAGAGUUGACCUACCCUUUAGGUCCACCAUUCCACUUUCAACCAGCCAGAUUCCACAAUGUAAGUCCAUCUUUCCAGCGUAAAACCAGCCAGACUUGCCUUUAAAGUAAACCAUUCUACAGUCAUCCAUUCAGACCUCUCCUUGAACUCUGUCAUUCCUCUGUUCUUCGUCCAGCCAACAGCACAGCUUAGCCAGCCAUUUCAAUCCCCAUGGAAGAACUUAAUGAAGCCAUGUAGAUAUAAAGGGAACAUACAGCAUGCAACUGAACUACACAAACCAAGAAUCUCAACAUGGCCUUCAGUAAGAUCAUGAUGUUUUUUGACAACUGCCCAGUGGCCCUUACUUUUGACCACAAACAGCAUUGCUUGGAGUAGCUGUAAAAUUGUCCUGUAAUCAUGUCCUGUAAUCAGCCCUUAAUGGAUUUUACAAAUUUACAACUUUGAGUCUACAAUGGACCACUUUUCCCUUCAAUAGUUAAGAAAGGUGUCAACCAAAUUCAACAUGGUUUCAAUUGGUAUUAAGUUUAUGUUCUCUAUAGACAAUCAUCAAACUAGCUUGAUUCAACAACUAUAUAGACUCUGCAACUACUUGGGACCAUCUUCCAUUUUCAAACCAGCCAAAAUAUGAAACUCUGAAUAUACCCCUGGAUUUCUCUGAAAAAGGACUGUAUGAUAUGAUUGGACAUAUUGCAUUAUGGAUCUGUCCUUUUUAAAACUUAAUAUUCUUAUUAUGCUGUCUGAAGAUGUCUACGAAGAGCAUGUUGGUAGCUGUAGAGUAGGAGGAUAGCAGUUUGCUUUGGUACUUCGUUCAGUGUUUGAACAUUUACAUUAACACGUAAUUCUCCAUUCCCUGGCUAGGAUCUCCUCAUGAAUUUUAAAGUGUAACUGUCAUUUUUAUUCUUACCCUGUAGUUCUACAGAAGACAUGUUGCUGGGUGCAUCUUCUGCUAUUUUCCUCUUUAUUUUCUCUGUGUCUACCUCUUAAUCCUCCAUCAUUAUGCUGAAUAAACGUAAUGAACCUUCAGUCAGGGUAGACGCCAAUUUUCAUUUGAUGGGAAUGAAAAACAUGAGAACAUGGGAAAAUAAUGCUUGUGGUCAACAUUUAAGACAUAACAUUGGUCAGAUAAUGCUGCAUAGACUGUUGGGUAGUAACUGUAUAUUCUACAUCAGUGCAAAAUUAGCAAAAGCGGACUUUAGUGAAACCUAAAAUGGUAAAUGGGACACCCUAUAUGCCCUAUUGCAGCGCUAGCAGCAGUCAAUCUCUUACAGCCUCAUUCAUGCCAAACUGAAUGUUGUCUACCCUGACUAAAUCCCAUAAUCCUAUUUUCCAGAACACAUUUGAAAGCGUCACAAAAUACCAAUUAUGCAGAUUUUACAUAUAUAAACAGAGAUAUGUUUAAGACUGAAACAAUGAAUACUAAUUAAUUGGCCAUAGUGAGAUUUUGAUAUUAGUAAAUUUUUAUCAUAUAAUCCCAAAAUAUAAUCCAUAAUUCAUGUAGCUAUGCAGUUACCGUAAUAUGAGUGUGUGCCUCCCUGUGUCUGCUCAUGCAUCAGAGUUAAGUGUGUUUGAAAUGUGUUUUCUCCAAUCUCCAGUUGGAGUGGUGCUGCAGAAACUGUAGUUUAGUCCUUUUCGCUGGUGCUUUUCUUAGGUUUGAUGUCAGUAAAUUAGAGAAAACAAAUUUGUAUGCAUUUUUCUCGAGCCAUAAGGAUUUCUUUAUUCAGCUCUUUUAUAAAUCGGGCAUUAGUAAAGUCUCGGAAUAUGACAAAAAAAAAAAAAAAAAAAAACAGUCAGAUAUUAUAAUCCCAGCCUAUUAUUUCCCAGAUAAUGUCUCCUCUUUAUCUGUCACAGCCUUGCCAUAUGUCCCACAGCUACCUCUUAAAUCAAAACUGUAUCUUAUAAUAUGUUUAACCUGUUCAUGUUUCAAUUUGAAGGUCACUAGAGUGCCUUUAAAAAAAAAAAUUAAAGCAACAAGAUUGUGUUCUCAGAAGACUGCUGUUAGCUACUGAACCCCUCUGUUUUUUUUUAAAAGGAUGAAAAUGAGACAAAGUCUGUAUUUGUAAGGUUAAAUGAAGUGCAAAUUCAAUCUGUAGUGUAUAUUGUAAUUUAUAACAGAAGCCAAAAUACAGUUUGAGGACAUAUAAGAGUGAAAUCUGCUAAUGUAAUCAAUCCAAGCUUUCUUUAUAAGCCAUUUUAACUUGUUUGAAUGUUUCCUGAAUUGAGUAUAAUGAUGUAGCUUUGCCCACUUAUAAAUAUCAGAGAAACGGUGUACCAUCCCUUCAAGUGCCCUUUAACCCGUUUAGUCUUGGUAUUCGUGCUUCUGGUUUUGGUCACAUGAUCUCUGAAAAAAACAGGGGGAAUGACCUUAGCUUUUUGUUUGAGUGCUCCCACAAUGCUGAAGUCUUACAUCAAACCCCACUGAUGGUUUGAAAAUGGAAAUUUCCCCAAAUUUAGCAGAAGAACGUAAAUGCUACCAAUUAGACACAGCUUUAUAGCAAUUCUUAAACCAGUGACAGAAGUUUUAAAGGUCAUGUGGUAGGUGGUUUUGGAUUUAAAGAUGUUGUUUCCGUGGGAACAGCUCUCUGAUUGGCCCUCCUGUUCACAAUAUUGGUCUGUGUCAUCACAACACCCUGUUUUAAUGCCUAGCAAUAUAUACAACUCCUUGUCACUUAUUUUUGUCAAUAUUGUUUGCUAAAUUAUUAUAAAGAGAAUGCUUGUAUAUUUCUUUUUUUGUUUCCAUUUGAAAUCUCUUUCAAAUGAAAAAAGAUGAUGACAGAUGGACAUUGAGGAACCUUUCUAAAUGUUUUAACUUGAAAUCAAAUAUACUGUAUAUAAAUACACAAUUUGUACUCUUUCUAUCCUCGUGUAGGAAAUGUUGAAUGUCUCUGCCAACUUGAGCUUGAACUCUGUACCUUUCCUCACCUGAAUUAAAAACAUGAGAUGAUUUUGUGUAAAUAGAAACAUUUUAAAAAUAAAAGUGCUGGAAAUUCCUUUGUUA